CUGAUGACAGAACAGUUACACUGGAGAGCCACAGCAGCUCUCGUUGACUGUGUACCGACCAUAGAGGAAGAACGUCUCCCACGAGCGCUCUGAAGCUCGCCCUAAGUGCGUUUCUUCCGUCUGCGCGUUCACGAUACCGGCACACUCGCUGCAUGAUGGCCGAGGGAGGCGGACCCGAGUCGGGUGGCGCGGCAGACUCUGACUCUGAGCCGGUAGCCGCACAAAUGCCAACCCCUUCAACCGAAAAUCAAAAACAGACUAUUGGGUCACUUUUGAAAACAGCUCUAAGAAAGGGUGACGAAUGGUAUCUAAUAGACAGUCGGUGGUUCAAACAGUGGAAGAAGUAUGUGGGAUUUGACAGCUGGGAUAUGUACAAUGUUGGAGAACGUAGUCUCUAUCCAGGACCAAUUGAUAACUCUGGGCUGUUCUCAGAUCAGGAGACUCAGACCCUGAAAGAGCACCUUAUAGAUGAGCUGGAUUAUGUCCUUGUUCCCACUGAGGCUUGGAAUAAACUUAUCAGCUGGUACAGUUGCCUUGAAGGCCAGAGACCCAUUGUUAGGAAGGUUGUUGAACAUGGUAUGUUUGUCAAGCACUGUAAGGUGGAGGUCUAUCUGCUGGAACUGAACUUGUGUGAGAAUGACAACAUGGACAAUGUAAUCACAUGUCACUUCAGUAAGGCUGAUACUAUAGAUACUAUAGAGAAGGAGAUGAGAACGCUGUUCAAUAUCCCGUCAGAGAAGGAGACGCGGCUCUGGAAUAAAUACAUGAGCAACACCUACGAGCAGCUGAACAAGCCAGACAGCACUGUGCAGGAUGCUGGUCUCUUUCAAGGGCAGGUGCUUGUGAUUGAGCGCAAGAAUGAGGAUGGCACGUGGCCCAGACAAGCCUCCCACCCCAAAUCCAGUACAACCUCAUCCAGGAAUUUCACUACCUCCCCAAAACUCUCCUCUAAUUCAUCAGCCAGUAUCUGCUCAACAGUAACCAAUGGAGACAGCAGCUGUAGCCCUGGAUACACACUCAACAAUAGCAUCUCGUCUGGGAACAGAUUGGGGGGCUACAGUUCAUACAACUCCUACAGCUACAGAGAGUCACAGUCGCAGCCUGGCCUAUGUGGUCUCAGUAAUUUGGGCAACACGUGCUUCAUGAACUCUGCCCUCCAGUGCCUGAGCAAUGCAUCUCCACUCACAGAAUACUUCCUCAAUGAUCAGUAUGAGGCAGAGAUUAACCGAGAGAAUCCCCUGGGAAUGAGGGGUGAGAUUGCAGAGGCCUAUGCUGAUUUAGUAAAGCAGAUGUGGCUGAGCCGCAGCAGCUAUGUGGCCCCACGCACCUUCAAAACCCAGGUCGGGCGCUUCGCUCCUCAGUUUUCAGGCUACCAGCAGCAGGACUCCCAGGAGCUUUUGGCCUUCCUGCUGGAUGGGCUUCAUGAAGACCUGAACCGUGUCAAGAAGAAGCCUUAUCUGGCCCUGAGGGAUGCAGAGGGCCGUCCAGAUGAGAUUGUUGCCAAGGAAGCCUGGACAAACCACCGCUUGCGCAAUGACUCUAUUAUAGUUGAUAUUUUCCAUGGCCUCUUCAAAUCCACACUGGUGUGCCCAGAGUGCUCCAAAGUGUCUGUAACCUUUGACCCAUUCUGCUACCUCACACUGCCUCUGCCCAUGAAGAAGGACCGUACCAUGGAGGUUUUCCUGGUGUGGUCAGACCCUCAGUCUAGACCGACACAGUAUCGAGUGGUGGUCCCCAAACUGGGUACAGUGACGGACCUGUGCAGCGCCUUGUCCAAGCUCUGUGGAAUCCCUCCAGAAAAUAUGGUGGUGGCGGAUGUUUACAAUCAUAGGUUCCAUAAAAUUUAUAGGCGAGAUGAUGGCCUCAACCAAAUCAUGGAAAAAGACGACAUCUUUGUUUAUGAGGUACAGGAAGAGGACAGUGAGAGGAUGAACCUGCCUGUAUAUUUCAGGGAGCGCCACUCUAAGCAUGCUGGAAGCUCCACAAGCACCACGCUGUUUGGCCAGCCUUUACUCAUCACCGUGCCCAGGCACAACCUCAUAGCAGACGUUCUGUAUGACAAGAUCCUAGAGAGGAUUGGACGCUAUGUAAAACACACCCAGAGUCCUAAUAGUGAAAGCAGGGCCUCUGCCUCAGCCACCUUUGCCAGUUGCAGCCAGGCUCCUGAAUGUUCCACGUCAUCUAGUCUCAACCCAAGCCUGGGUGGCUGUGGCAGCCCCCUGUCAGACGGGGCCUCCUGCAGUGCAAGCUCCAGUAAUAGCAGCAACCAUUCAGGGACCUGCAAUGAAACAAAUGGGCUAUAUGACGGUGAAGAGGAGGCCAUGGACCACCAGGUGAGCCCAGAAGCAGCAAAUGGCCAGUCUGAAGAGGAGGACGAGGACACAUCUGACUUGGAAAAUGGGUCUAAAAGGGACCUGGCUAAGCUGCACUCUGCUCCAGUCAAGCUGUUCACUUUCAGCAUAGUCAACUCUUAUGGAACAGCCAACAUCAGCCCACUGCCUUGCGAUGGAAAUGUCCUCAAACUUAAUCCACAUUCCACAGUGGCGAUCGACUGGGACACAGAUUCAAAGAAAAUGUGUUAUGAUGAACAGGAAGCAGAGGCCUAUGAGAAGCAUGAAAGCAUGCUGCAGCCCCAAAAGAAGAGAGCCACUGUGGCUCUGAGGGAAUGCAUUGAGCUCUUUACAACUAUGGAGACACUUGGAGAACAUGAUCCAUGGUAUUGUCCCACAUGUAAGAAACACCAACAGGCCACAAAAAAGUUUGACUUGUGGUCGCUGCCUCGCAUUCUGGUAGUUCACCUAAAGCGUUUCUCUUACAACCGAUGUUGGCGGGACAAGCUGGACACAGUUGUGGACUUCCCCAUCAGGGAUCUGAACAUGUCGGAGUUUGUUUGUGACCCUAAGGCUGGCCCUUAUAUAUACGACCUCAUUGCCGUGUCAAACCACUAUGGAGGAAUGGGAGGGGGUCACUACACAGCUUAUGGCAAGAAUAAAGUGGAUGGAAAGUGGUAUUACUUUGAUGACAGCAGUGUCUCGCCUGCCUCAGAGGACCAGAUUGUGACUAAAGCAGCCUAUGUACUGUUUUAUCAGCGCAGAGAUGAGGAAGCCCCCUUCAAACCUCAGCCUUCAGCUUCCCUGGGAGGAGCCCCUGAAGCAGCCGAUGACCACAUGGACACAAACUGAGGAGUCUUGACAUGAAGUGAAAAUGCAUAUGGCUAAUAGAGACACUUGGACACGCACACAGAGCUACUUUAGUGACAGAGGACUCCACAGAACUAACAUUAUUAUCUAUACCUUCCCCGUGUUUUUUAUUUGUCUCAUAUGUUGUCUACUAGAGCCAACAGCCUUGACAGAAGAGUGACCUGAGAGAAUUCCUCCUACAGCAGGUGACCUACUGAUUUCUGAACUUGGUUUACAAGUCUGAAACUAAGAUGAAUACACAUGGAUAUAAACCCUCUCACUGGAUGAACAGAAUGUUAGAAGUGUCCUCAAAUGUGUAAAUAUUGAAAAAAAUGUUUCUGUUGCCCUCAACACUCAGAAAUAUUUAAAAAAAAAAAAGCCAAAUGUAGAUCUUGUUUGAACCAAAGUGAUCCAAGGUAUUUAUGAUGUAACAUACCAGCUGAUAAGAAUUUAGCAGGAUACUGGCAUUGUGCCUAGAUUUCUCUGAUAAUCUUGCUAUGCUGAGGUAAAUGCAAAUUCAAAAAGUGUGAGCACGCGGAACAGUACCUACCACACUUGAUGAAAAAUAAUCCCGAACUUAUGCCUAUUUACUGGUUGGGGAUGUUGUGACUGGCCUACUGGGUCUGUGUUGCAACCUGAGCUACAGACACCUGGGUCUUGACAUGAGUUCUGGCAGAAACUGUUUUUUGGCCUUGCUCUUGAUCAGCCAUCACUUUUUAUUCUUUGAUACACAGCAUGGGCUCUGCUCUGAACUUAUGAGAGGAGUCUUAACCUGCUAUCAGUUUUUCUUUUUCUUUUUUGUAAUCAAAAAGCAAAAGCGGCCUUUUGAUU